ACACUUAUUGCUAAUCAGCCACAUUCACUUGGAAUUUGUUUACAUUUUAUUCUUUCCGCUGUAAAAUAUAAAUAAAAACAAUUUGUAAAGAUGUCGUAUAUGCUACCGCAUUUACACAAUGGCUGGCAAGUGGACCAGGCCAUACUCUCCGAGGAGGAUCGCGUGGUUGUCAUUCGUUUCGGGCACGAUUGGGAUCCGGCGUGCAUGAAAAUGGAUGAGGUGAUGUACAGCAUUGCGGAGAAGGUGAAAAACUUUGCCGUCAUCUAUUUGGUGGACAUCACGGAAGUGCCGGAUUUUAAUAAAAUGUACGAAUUAUACGAUCCCUGCACCGUUAUGUUCUUUUUCCGCAAUAAACACAUCAUGAUUGAUUUGGGCACCGGCAACAAUAAUAAAAUCAAUUGGCCGCUGGAGGACAAACAGGAAAUGAUUGAUAUUGUGGAGACGGUUUAUCGUGGCGCACGCAAAGGUCGUGGUUUAGUCGUUUCACCCAAGGAUUACUCGACCAAAUAUAGAUACUAAGUCGUAGUUUGUUUAGCAAUAAUAAUAACCAACUACAAAAUGCAAACAUCUUUGUCUUGGCAA